AUGGAAGCGGUCUAUAUCCGCGAUGAGAUGCUUAAGCUGCAUACCAAGACGGGUUCCCUGAAACGGCCACUGGAAGUAGUUCGUUUUCUUGAAGACGAGAUCUCCAAGGGAGAUAAGAAGCUGAUCCGUUUUCCCGACUUGUGCCUGAACGCCGCCGACAGAUCGGCGAUCCUUCUGCAAGCUGUGUCAGUGCAAGCGAGAGAGUACUUGGUUUUGCACGGUAAGACCGGCAGUUGGAGAGAGAUGUCGGAAAGUCUUCGUUUUUACGAAGAGCAGCUUCGGAUGGUGGAGCUGCCGGGUGGAGGUCUUCGAGGCCUCAAAGGCGAGAAGGGCGAUAAAGGAGGAAAAGGAAAGCCUAAAGGUGGAAAAGGGACAGGAGACAAGUCCAAGGUCGUUUGUUGGUACUGCGAGAAGCAAGGGCACUACCAAGAAGAGUGCCGUAAAAGAAUCGCUGACGAGAAGAAGGCGAACGACAAAAACAAGGACAAAGACAAGGGCAAAGGCCAGGGCGACAAGAACAAAGAGAAAGGUGAAGCAGAAGAAGAGCCGGAGGGCGAGACCGUGAUGGGUCUUCGUUCGAGCGUGUCUGCUGAGGCACACCGCGUGAGGCUAGUAGGCGAGCCAAGGGAUGAUCUUUGGUUAGUGGACAGUGGUGCCACUUCGCACUGUAUGGCUGCUUCGUGUUUUGAUAAGUACGAAGUCCUUCGCACCUACGAUUUCAAGCCCACUCUGUCGAAUGCCUCCAAUGAUUCUAUUGAAGUCUUGAAAGUUUGCGACGUUCGCGUUCGUUUUGGUAAGCAAUUGGUGGUGCUAGAGCAUUGUCUGAUUACGAACUUAGAUUUCAAUGUUCUGUCACCGUUUGUGGCGUGGCAGAGAGGAUGGCACACCAUGCUAACCAAUAGCCCGCAUAUCUACAACAAGAAGAGUAAGAAGCGUAUUCGUCUGUUGGUGAAGGACCGCGCUUGGUAUGCGGUUGCGUCUUUGAAGGAAGACGGGGAGAAGAUGGAGGUUGAUGCUUUGAAGCCUCCCGCUGAGACACGGAAGCCC